AUGAUGAACGAAGAGGAAGAGAUGACCGCGGAACAAAUGCGGGUAUGGCUGCAGAGUCAGCUUCAACAGACCGGCGAACCGGGCGACUUCCAAGAAAUCAACGGUCUUUCAAAGUUCAAUACAUUUGAAGAAACAUUUUUUUUAAAGCCACCUUAGAACUUUAUUGCGUAUCAUCGGUUACGGUUAUAAUUUUUUUUUGAAGAAGAAUGUACGCUAAAUGUUGAAAGAAAAAAAUAUUUCGCGUUACUACAAGAAGUGUACGACAUUACUUUAAUUUUUCUUUGACUCUAAAACUUUUCAAAGAGGAUAUUUGACCAUGUCAGUUCCCAUGCACCUCCUUCAACUUAGGCUCUGCAGGUCGAUGGGAGCUGGUGGCACGGAGAUUUGGUGUCGCCUACGUCACCCUGGGCGUUUGUGCCGUCAUCUUCAACACCUUCAUUUUGGCGUGUCUUCUAGCCCGAAGAAGAAUCUUGUUUUCCCACGUCUUCUACGUCAUCGUCCUCAACUUCACUCUCAUUGACGUCAUUAAAGGUUGAAUUUUCCAAGUUUUGACCUCGGUCAUUCCUUCAGGGAUCAGCUCGAUUCUUUUCGCGCUCAAGCUUCUCACCUCAAACAUGUCGAUAGAAGCAUCGAUGUGGACCGUCCGGGUCGACCAGUACAGCGGGGUUUUACUCAGGUGCCGUGAUUUUUUUUUCAAUAGUCAGGAAACAAGUCAAAACACUUUCUCGAAAAGUGAUCUCAUUUUCGGGUUUUAAAAGCCCCUGAAAGACCUUAAACACAGUCUCUGUAAUUCUUAAAAGCAAAAAGUACAAAAAAACGUUUUGGAUAUCGAUUAGACUUCCCCCGGAACCGUGCACCAUCAAAAAUGCGGACGCAACUUUUUGAGUCAUUUCCUCUUGAAGCCAGGUUACGGUGGGCAGAAAGGCACAUGCGUAUCUGAAGAAUUGUGAGUUUUUCAGGACUUUUAACGAAAAAUCAAGGCUUCAUUUUACAAAAUGGAUUUUUGUUUUCUGUACUAGGAAAAAGAGAAAACUGUCUUUCAAACUUACUAAUAUAAAUUUUCAGAUUCACCAACUUGGCCACGAUUCUGAACGUUUUACUGAUCACCAUGAACGAGUUCAUUUUCAUCUGCUACCCACUGAGAUACACGAUUCUCGUGACCAGGUUGGUCCUUUCAAGUUUCCUUUCUAGCUUGGACGUUAAGAAAGCGCGUUAUGCUGGCCAUCGUCGGUUGCUGGGUUCUGUCGGCGGCGUUGACCUUGGUCAACAUGUUGGCCAGCAGCCAACACCGCAGCGUCAUGAUCGACACGGACUGCAUCUUCAGUGAGCUCUGCGAGAGGGACGAGGUCGCAGACGUCUCUUCUUUCAGGAAGCGACAAUUCGACCUCGCUCUGUGUUCAACACCAGCCCACGUCUUCUUCGCACCACGUCGUCUUCCAUCUCGCGCUCCUCGCCUUCUGCAUUCUGUGUCUCGCAGCUACAGCUUCCUGCUAUGUUUUCCUUUUUAGGUGGGAGUUGGGCCAGACUUGAAAAAGUGUUUCAAGGUAUCUGACAUCUGCAGUGUGACUAACGAGGAAGACUAUAUCUGCCAAAUUUUUGAGAUAUAUUUACCAAUGAUAUUUGAAUCGAAAUCCAAAUCAAUUCAUUUUUAUCAAACUUCAGAACUUUCUAAAAAGCUUUUGUUUCAGCACAAGAAGUUCCUAAAACUUAGAUGACCUAACUUCUUGAUCCUUUUUCAGACUGGUCUCCUCAAUGGUCAAAGCCGACGUGAAGAAUCAAGCAGAGUUUGAACUUCUAAAGGAAGGUUUGCAACUUGAAGACUCUAGAAGACUUCAGCCACUUCUCUCAGACUCGAGCUCCCAUCGGAAGCAAGUCGUCCGGAGGUACAAGUACGUGGUGAUCAUCGGCAGCGUGAUCGUCGUCUACUCUGCCUACCUGUCUGCCUACGCCAUCAUUCAGGGCCUACAGCUCGUGAACAUAUCAAGGUUUGACUUUUCCAGAAAAAAAAAGACUCCAAACGCUUUUGAGCUUUCCUAAUCAUUCCGUCUCUUCUUUUUCUGACUUUUUUUUUUAGGUUUUUCAGCGCAUAAUGAUUUUAUUCAUUCUGAAUAUUAUGCAUAUUUUGAAAAAGAAUUUCAGAAACGAGAUCUCGCGCAAAGGAUUCGUCUACACCAAGUACGUCUGCUACCUUUUCGUGGCGUUCCACUCGCUUCUGCAGCCUCUGUGUUUUCUGCGGAUGCGCGAGUUCCGCAACGUCAUUCACAGGUCUGUCCAGCUGUUGCCACACCGAAAAUCUCUCUUCUCAGGACGAUGUGCUCGGCUUUCCGACGAGAAUCAGUUCUGUCGACGGACUUCACAUGUAAACGGCCUUCCUCCCAGCCAACUGACAUAUGA